AGGUGGGGGCAGGCGAUGACGCGCGCGCGGCCGAGCGUGGCCACGGAGCAUCGCGGGGCCGAGCAGCGCGGCGCCCGAGGCGCGGCGGGCCAGGCGUCACCCCGGCAGGCGCGGCGGCCCGAGGCGGCAGUGGCCGGCAUGCCGGGAGCGCCGGGCGCGGGCUGGGCGCUGGUCGCGCUGCUGCUGGCCGCGUCGGUGCUGAGCGCCGCGCUGCUGGCCCCUGGCGGCUCCCCGGCGCCGCCGCAAGACGUAGACAAGAAAAAGCCGGUAGAGCUGAAGAUGGAUCAGGCCCUGCUGCUCAUCCAUAAUGAACUUCCUGAAACACACUUGACUGUCUACUGGAAAUCUGAACGCUGUUACCAUUGCUUGUUUCAGCUUCUGGUCAGGGUUCCUCAGAGUGGAAAGCCGGGAAAAGCCAGCACAGCCGCUGUGUCUGUCAGCACCCAGCAUGACUCCAUCCUGCAGUUUAACGAUUCCUUGGGAGAGAAGGCAGUUUGUAGGCUGGAGUACAAAUUUGGAGAAUUUGGAAACUACUCUGUCUUGGUAAAGAACACCCGUAAUGGAAGCAGUGGGAUUGCCUGUGACAUAGUUGUGAAUGAGAAGCCAGUGGACAGUAACCUUCCUGUGAUUGUCGUAUUCCUUAUUGGUCUGGCACUCAUCAUUGUAAUGUCCUUUCUAAGGCUCUUCUUGAGUUUGGAUGACUUUAAUAGUUGGAUUUCUAAAGCCAUACAUUCUCGAGAAACUGAUCGCCUCAUCAAUUCUGAACUGGGAUCUCCAAGCAGGGCAGACCCUCUCAGUGGUGACCUCCAGCCAGAAACAUGGCACCUGUCUGCUGCAAAACACCGCCUGCGCUGCGUGGACACGUUCAGGGGGAUAGCGCUUGUGCUCAUGGUCUUCGUUAACUACGGAGGAGGAAGAUACUGGUACUUCAGGCAUUCAAGCUGGAAUGGACUGACUGUGGCUGACCUUGUAUUCCCUUGGUUUGUCUUUAUUAUGGGCUCUUCGAUUUUCCUGUCAAUGAUGUCUGCACUGCAGCGGGGAUGUUCAAAACUCAGAUUGCUGGGGAAAAUUGCGUGGAGGAGCUUCCUGCUGAUCAUGAUAGGAAUCGUCAUUGUGAACCCCAAUUAUUGUCUUGGUCCACUGUCUUGGGAUAAGGUGCGAAUUCCUGGCGUCCUGCAGCGCUUGGGAGUGACUUACUUUGUGGUGGCUGUGUUGGAGCUCCUCUUUGCUAAACCUGUGCCUGAAAACUGGGUCUUGGAGAGCAGCUGCACUUGUCUUCGAGACGUCACGUCCAGCUGGCCCCAGUGGCUUCUCAUUCUGUUGCUAGAAAGCAUCUGGCUGGGCUUGUCCUUCUUCUUGCCUGUUCCUGGGUGCCCCACUGGUUAUCUUGGUCCUGGUGGCAUCGGAGACUGGGGGAAGUAUCCAAAUUGUACUGGAGGAGCUGCAGGCUACAUCGACCGUGUGCUCCUGGGAGACGAUCACCUGUACAAGCAUCCUUCUUCUACUGUGCUUUAUCACACUGAGGUGGCCUAUGACCCAGAAGGAAUCCUAGGGACCAUCAACUCCAUCGUGACUGCAUUUUUAGGAGUUCAGGCAGGGAAAAUUCUGCUGUUUUACAAGGACCAAACCAAAAGCAUCCUAAUUAGAUUCACAGCUUGGAGUUGCAUUCUAGGGCUUAUUUCUGUCGCUUUGACGAAAAUAUCUGAAAACGAAGGCUUUAUUCCAAUAAACAAAAACCUCUGGUCCAUCUCCUAUGUCACCACCCUGAGCUCCUUUGCCUUCUUCAUUCUGCUGGUCCUGUACCCCAUUGUGGAUGUGAAGGGACUGUGGACAGGAGCCCCGUUCUUUUAUCCAGAGAAGAUGCUGCCCUGUGACAGAGCCCUAGAGGAAAAGUGAAGGCCUCAGGGUGAAGAGAGGAAUGGAGACUUACAAAAUCUAUUCAAUGAAAUAAUCACUGAAAACAUCUCCCACCUGGAGACCAAUGUGGACAUCCAAGUAUAUGUGAACAUCUGAAGUAUAGGAUGCCCACAAGAACACAAAUAGGCCUGACCAGAAAAGAGCCCCACUGUUGACACAUCAUAGUCAAACUCUAAAAAUUACCACACAAAGUGAGAAUCUAAAAUUAGCAAGACAAAGGGCCAUGUCAUUUUUAAUGAACCCUCAUUAGUCCCUGGCAGAUUUUUCCACAGAAACUUCACAGGCCGGGAGGGAAUGGAUGAUACAUCCCAAGUUCUGAAAGGAAAUAAUUGCCAACCAAAAUACUUCACCCAGAAAGUGUAUCUUCCACAAAUGGAGGAGUAAGACUUCCCAAGAUAGUAAAACAGGAAACUCAUCCAUCAAGCCAGCUUUACAAAAGAUACUUAAGGGAGUCCUCCAAACAGAAAAAAGAAUCACCAUCAUGCAAACACGUAAAAAAAAAAAAAAGGUAUUAAAAGCACAAAAAAUCUUUAAAUGACAGGAUCAAGUUAUUACUUGAAUAAUAAUGUUGAAUGAAAAUGGACUAAACCCACCAAUUAAGGUUGAGAUUCACUAAUUUAGGAUUAUUAAAAAAAAAAACAAAACCAGCCACAUGCUGCCUUUAUGAAACACAAUGGUCACCACAGGCUGAAAGUUAAAGGAUGGAAAAAGAUCCCAUGCAAAUAGAAACCAAAAGCUAGUAGGUGAAACUAUAUAGAAAUAAAAAGUAAUAGAUUUUAUGGGUCAGUACUGCGGUGCAGUGGGUUAAGCUGCUGCUUGUGAUGCCAGCAUCCCGUAUCAGAGCACCAGAAAGACCUGACUGUUCUGCUUCUGCUCCAACUUGCUAUUAAUGCAGCUAGAAAAGCAACAGCAGAUGGCCCAAGUACUUGGGUCCUUGCAACACACAUGGGAAAUUAGGAUGGAGAUCCUCAUUCCUGGCCUGGUCUGGCCCAGCCUUGGCUGUUGCAGCCAUUUAGGGAGUGAGCCAGCAAAUAGAAGCUUGCUCUCGCUGUCCACUCUUUCUCCCUCCCUCUCUCUGUCACCCCACCUUUCAAAUAAACCUUAAAAAAAAAAAAAAAAAAAAAAAAAACAGAAUAA